AUGAAAUGUAUUGUAAACAAUCAUAACCCAAACCAAUCCUCACCAGUUCUGAGAGGAAAAGUUGCCAUGGUGACUGGAUCAACCAGCGGAAUUGGUCUAAGCAUGGCGAAAAGUCUGGCACUGAGAGGCAGUGACCUUGUCAUUCAUGGGUUUGGGGAUCAGGCGACCAUUGACCAAAUUAAAUUAGAUUUUGAGAGAAAAUACAACGUCAAGUGUCACCACUUUCCGACGGAUCUGACCAAGCAGGAUGAAGUAGAAAAGAUGUUGCAGGAGAUUGCAGGACUGCAUCCGAAUGGAGUCGAUGUUCUCGUCAACAAUGCAGGUUUUCAGCACGUUUCGAAAGUCCAGGAAUUUCCAGUAGAGAAAUGGAACGAUUUGAUAGCUGUCCUGUUGACGGCACCCUUCCUUCUCUCGCGAUCUCUUCUGCCAAAGAUGUUGGAAAAAGGAUGGGGACGCAUUGUAAACAUUGCAUCUGUCCACAGUUUGAAAGCCUCGCCCUUCAAAGCAGCUUACUGCUCGGCCAAACACGGCCUGGCCGGGCUGACAAAGGUAAUUGCCCUAGAAACAGCCGGCAGUGGGGUGACGUGUAAUGCCAUCUCGCCAGGCUAUGUUGAAACGCCAAGUUUUAAUGAUGAUGAUUAUGAUGGCAAAUGUCUUUCCAGCGAUAAUAAUUUAAUCUUUUUAAACCACAAACAGAAACAGUUCCUUUCUUCUUUCCAUCCAUCGAAGGAGGCAGUUAAAGUUGAACAGCUAGCAGAGAUGUGUGUGUUCCUAUGCAGUGAUGCCGGCACUCAAAUAACCGGGUCCAACUUUGUUAUGGACGGAGGCUGGAAUGCUAAGUGA